CUUCGCACGCCAGGGUCGGGUGCUCGCCAGCAUGUCCUUCAUCCCGGUGGCCGAGGAUUCCGACUUCCCCAUCCACAACCUGCCCUACGGCGUCUUCUCCACCAGAGGCGACCUAAGACCGAGGAUAGGCGUGGCUAUUGGCGAGCAGAUCCUGGACCUCAGCGUCAUCAAGCAUCUCUUCACUGGACCUGUCCUCUCCAAACACCAGGAUGUCUUCAGUGAGCCUACGCUCAACAGCUUCAUGGGCCUGGGGCAGGCUGCCUGGAAGGAGGCGAGAGUGUUCUUGCAGAACUUGCUGUCUGUGAGCCAAGCCAGGCUCAGAGAUGACACGGAACUUCGGAAGCGUGCAUUCGUCUCCCAGGCGUCUGCCACGAUGCACCUUCCAGCCGCCAUAGGAGACUACACAGACUUCUAUUCCUCACGGCAGCACGCUACCAACAUCGGAGUCAUGUUCAGAGGCAAGGAGAAUGCAUUGAUGCCAAACUGGCUGCACUUACCAGUGGGCUACCAUGGCCGUGCCUCCUCCGUCGUGGUGUCUGGCACUCCAAUCCGAAGGCCCAUGGGACAGAUGCAACCUGAUGACUCGAAGCCUCCUGUAUAUGGUGCCUGCAAGCUCCUGGACAUGGAGCUGGAAAUGGCUUUUUUUGUAGGCCCUGGAAACAGAUUGGGAGAGCCGAUCCCCAUUUCCAAGGCCCAUGAGCACAUUUUUGGAAUGGUCCUGAUGAACGACUGGAGUGCGCGAGACAUUCAGAAGUGGGAGUAUGUCCCUCUUGGGCCAUUCCUUGGGAAGAGUUUUGGGACCACCAUCUCUCCAUGGGUGGUGCCCAUGGAUGCUCUCAUGCCCUUUGCUGUGCCUAACCCAGAGCAGGACCCCAGGCCCCUGCCGUAUCUCUGCCAUGACCAGCCCUACACAUUUGACAUCAACCUCUCCGUUGCCCUGAAAGGAGAAGGAAUGAGCCAGGCGGCUACCAUAUGCAAGUCCAAUUUUAAGUACAUGUACUGGACAAUGCUGCAGCAGCUCACUCACCACUCUGUCAAUGGCUGCAACCUGCGACCGGGGGACCUCCUGGCUUCUGGGACCAUCAGCGGGCCGGAACCAGAAAGCUUCGGCUCCAUGUUGGAACUGUCGUGGAGGGGAACGAAGCCCAUAGAGCUGGGGAACGGACAGACCAGGAAGUUUCUGCUGGACGGAGAUGAAGUCAUCAUAACAGUAGACAUUUAUUGAGUGCCCACUGAGUCCCAUCUUGGAGUUCUGGUGAUGAAAAGACAAAUGAAGUCUCUGCUCUUCUGGGUUUACAUUCCAGUGUCAUCAUGACUGCACUGUUUCACAGAUGAGAAAGCGAAGGCAUAGUGGGGUUAAAGGACUUGCCCAAGAUCUCGCAGCAAAUAAAUAAUGACCUCUGUUUCCCUCCAGGCAGUUUAUCUUCAGAACCUCCAUGUUUAACACCUUUGAUAGUGUCUAAAGCACUUAUCAGAGGGCUUGUUACCUUGCGAGUGCUUACAAAUGGUGAUGAUGGUCCUCUUUUCAUAGUCAUCUUUAUUGCCAUUGCUGUUUUUUUCCAGAAUGCAGUUUUUAGAAGGCUUUGCCU